AUGGCCAGGGCCUUGGCCGAUGGCGAUGCUGGUACCUCGACGGGUAGCUUCGCGCCCGUGGCGGCGAAAUUGCCGCGGGCGGGGAUCGGAGAAGAACGGUUUCGUGAGUUGCGCGCGCUGACGGCAGCGGCUGGCCCUAUCCCAGUUGGCAAGGCGAUUCACGCGCUGCAUUACCUCGCCCGCCGCAUCAAGGCGCUGCAGAAAACGAUGCGAUGUGGGACGGCCAUCAGAAAGAAUCGGGCCGGCAUCAUCGCGGCAAGGAAAAAGCACAAGAACGCUCAGAAACACGAGGGGCACCCGGCCGCCGUGAUCGACGCGGUCAUGCGCGACGCGCCCCGAUCGCUACCCACGCCCGGGGCGAUUUUCUUGGCACUGUUCGCCAUGAGGUCAGGUACGUCGCAGGGCUCUUACAUCUACGUGUCCAUGUCCACGGUGACCGGGUUGAAGGACAGGUUCGAGCGAAUGAGUUCUCAGUGGGACUCGAUGUGGAGGGAGGUCAACAGGGAAGGUCAGACUGCGGAGCAGCUGCAGUUGGCGUCGCUGCCGAUAAUCGUGCCACCGUUGUCGCGGGAGUGUUACAGCGAUUGUAUGAAUGCAGUCAAGUUGCACAAUAAGCUAGCCAGUGAUCAAACCUCCCCGAAGCAGAGGCACGGGGGCUUGAGGCGAGGUGCCCUGAUCCAUAUGCGCGAUAACAAGUUUGUCCCAGCUGUUCACACGCCUGCUCAUCGUAAGAUGGAAGUCAUAGAUCGCCCGCCGCAGCCAGAACGCAGAGCAAGCCAGGCCAAUUGGAGAGCGGACCGCGAGGUGAGCUUCAGCACCAGAACAGAAUUUCAGGCGAUCAGGCUCAGGGAAACAGUCGAAGCUUCCCGAGCCCGUUUCGAUGUCUCCCUCUCCUCUUCUUUCCGCUUGCUCUUUCAUGGGCAGUUUUGGCUAACAUUUUCAAGCGAGGCCCUACAUGUAGCGGCACGGCAAUUACAGGCGAUGCCCCGCCGCCCAAACAUCAUGUCUCCUGUGGUCGAUGGCAGAGUAGAGAGCGCGCCUAUGGCUGCGUCCCCAGGCUCCCCACUAAGGGUUCCACCAGUCUCGACGGCGUCCCCAGCGCUAACGACCAGGUCUACAGUCACAGUGACCGACAUGCGGGUAUGUUCGCCGUGUAGAUCGGUGGCGCAGUCGCCACCGAACGGCGCUGGUCAGGAGAUAUGUCGCGCAGCUCGUGAGGGCGACCAGCCCUUUGAUAACGCCGAGGUUGAGGAUCACUGCACGACCGCGGCAGACUCCAUGCGGACCAUGCCAGCACAUGUCCGACGCGUGACGACGACAAGUGCUCUGAGCUCUCAAACGCAGGGCAGCCCCGUCAGGGACCAGAUGACAAAGGCUUCCAGCAUCAUGAUGGACGUGAUGAGGCUCAUGUCGAAGACGGGCUACAUCUCCACGUCUGGCAGCAACUUAAGCCUGACACCAGCGACCAUCGUGAGGGAGCAGCACGAGGCCGACGACGAGGCCCGCAUGCCGACUCGGAGGUGUGGCGUGUCAGUUGCUGUGGUGGGCGCGGCCUUCUUUGCGCUGAUAUCCGCUGCGUGUUUGGGGGUGGUGCUCGGCUUCUUCGAGCACCACGGCCGUAUGCUCGCAGAGAAAGCGGAAGGCGUGUUCAGGCGAUACGCGGAGCAGUUGCAUCUGCGCCCAGACGAUCCCGUCACGCAGUCUGCGAUCGAGCAGGGCGUCCUGGAAUUGCAGGACGAGUUGCAAAGCAUGUGCGACGCUACCCGCCUCAUGAUCGUCGUCGCGCUCCUCAUCGUACUUGGGGUUGGUACAGCUAUUGUGGGCACAGUCGGCAUCUUGAUGUCGCGGAAGUUGAGACUGCUGGGCAAGCUUAACGAGCUCAUGGAAAAGUUGAGCACCCUCAAUCUCUCAAUGGACUCCGAAGAGUUUUCGAGGUUUUGCCGCGGCAGACGCUCGAACAUGCACGAGAUUGCGCAGCUGCAAGACACGUUUGACCGCCUCACCAAAUGUAUAGUUCUGUUCGCGCGUUUUGUCCCAGAGACCGUGGUGCAGCGCAUAGUGCAUGGAGACAGGCGGGCCACAAGGUUAUAUGUGGAUAAUCGCUGUGCGACGAUAAUGUUUUCGGACAUCAAAGACUUCACCAGCCUGUCGGAGCAGUUUGCCCACCUCAACCCACGCAGUAUGCUCUUCCUCCUAACGCGAUACUUUUCCGUCAUGACGCACAUCGUGGAGGCGUAUGAAGGUACGGUGGGUGAGAUACUCGGGGAUGGCCUCCUUGUCUUCUGGAAUACUCCGGAGAGCGUGCGCAACCAUGCCACCAAGGCAUGCGCCGCCGCACUGGCGCAGCAGGUCGCGCUCAAGUACCUCAACCAGCACUUCGCGUCCAUGGGUCUGCCGCAGCUGGAGAUCCGAAUUGGGCUGCACACGGGGCAGGUGCUCACGGGAAAUUUCGGCAGCCUCACCAAGAUGAAGUUCGGCUGCAUGGGCGACACCGUAAAUUUGGCGAGCCGGCUCGAAGGGCUUUGCAAGGUGUACGGCGUGGGCAUCGUGUGCUCUGGCAGCACCCACGGGGCCCUGGCCCAGAAGCAGGGCUUCUUGUGCCGCAGGCUGGACAGGGUGAAGGUGAAGGGCCGGGACGAGCCCACUGAGGUCUACGAGGUGAUAGGGCGUGACGAGACCUCCAUUCUGCCUGCCGCUUUCCAGGAGGCGGCGGACUCAGCGGCAGCUCAUGUCAGCAACGCUGGCACUGUGCACAGCGUUGGCUGCAAAAGGUCGGCACGCUUUUCGCGCGGCAGCAGUCUGGCUCCCCGAAUCCAAGAUGUGGUCAUCGAGGCCAUCGGUGGGCUGUAUGCGCUGUGUCGAGGGGUCAACGACGGGCUGGAGUCCAUCUGGGAUGACUUGAGCUUCGAGGAGGACGAGCACAUGAGCGUACUGACCAGCUCAAUAGGCCUCGUGGGUGCCGUGCGGGAGAUGUCGAUCACGGCCGAGCAGCACUCGAGGGCCGCCAGGUACGAGGACGCCCUGACCGCCCUGCAGCAGGGGGAGUUCUCGGUGGCCUACCGGCUGGCCAGCGAGCUGCUGGAGGACACCCCGGGCGACUUGGCUGCCGCCAGAUUGCGCGACAUGGCGAACGAUGGAUGCAUGUGCAGACAGAUGACUUGAACGGCUAACCUCCUUUACAGUAGAGUGUCCUCGCAUCUGGCAGCUACGUAGAGCAGAUUCGUGAACACAUGAUUCCGAAGCUGGCACCAUUGACGUGGUGGUGUCCACCUCCGCCUGAGAACUCAGAGCCUGCUAGGAGGUUUGGGCAGACGCACACAGGGAAGCGACUGCUCUUCGAGGGGUCGCCGUGCAGGCAGUCCUCGCGGCACCGCCCCAUGCUGCGUACACCGCUUCGUCGCCUUUUUUUGUUUUGCCGGGGAGCUGGCGCAUCGAAGCACGGCUGCAGGCACAGUCAGCCAGCCUGCGGCACUUCUGCCCCCCUGCCCGCGCCCGCACCCGUGCCCGCCUCCCUCGGCCCUCUCCCCGCCGCCCCGCGGCCCUCCCCGCGUGGCCUCCCGGCCCGGCGCGUGCGUUGUGCACAGCCAGACAGCCGCACACGCUCUAGGCCGGAGGUCUCCUCACCGACGCUGGCAGCUUCGCGGCGGUUUUCGGACGUUCUCGUCGCUUCGCGGCGGCUUUCCAGCCUCGGGAUGCGCUCCGGCAGCUGCGCCUCGCCGAGGGUGUUUCCGGGGGGGCCGAAGUCGUUCCAAGCGGCUGCCGGAGGCCCGAACUACGAUCCGAAAACCAUCAGGGCGCCGCCCGCCCCGGAGCUGGAGCCCGCCGAGGGGUCGGGGCGCGCGUAUCGGGGACCUCUACUGAUCGAUGAAUCAUUUUCGGCCAGGCGCUUGCUGCACGGGAGGGGUGUACAGCGCUCUCUCGGCCAGGCGCCCUUGUGCCACACGGCGCUCGGCGCGCCUUCCUGCUGGACGCGCAGGGCACUCUCCGCGGGCUCUCUCCGCACGAUCGUGCGACGCCGGGGCGCGCGCCAGGUCAGCGAGGGACGCACUCGGUAAUGGCCUGACGAGCCGCAGAACAACUGUGGAGGUGACGCUCUGGUGUGGAAACUGGUACGACGCGACGAUGGCGAACAGCGGCCCGAAUGUCAAGCACACGGCAGCCACAUCACGACGCGCCGAUGACAGGACAUCGGAGGUUGGGGGCUGAGAUCGCAUCGAUAUGUCGUGUAUGAUGCCCAGUCGUGAUGUAGAAGGGCACGUCGAUGCAGUUGGUGAAUACUGCACAGGCAGUAUGGGUGACAUAGCCACCUGUACAGGACGCCAAACGCACCCUCCCACCAGGCAGACGUCCGCGCAGCGCAGACUACAACUGGAAACGUUUCCAAAUUUUCAACCAUCCAGCGCUGGACGCGGCCUUGGAACUGAGCCCAAUGGAUCCUCCUGUGGUGGUGAGAGAGAGAGAGGCCAGCAUUUCUACGGAGGCGCGCUUGGUAUCUAGGUCACCGCUGAAUGCACCUGCGCGUCUGUGUGGGCCAUCGAAUCCUGGAAGGCCCAUUCGACACCGAACUCCGAUGCAACAUCUAAGUGUUUUUGUGCGGCACUGUC